GACGACGCACCCCUAUGGCUGACUGGGUCGGUCCGCUUUCGCCGGGCCGCAAGGCCCGGGCUCCGGGCGCCUACUCUAAGGCCGCAGGUACCAAACACACAAGAGCCUCCAAACAAGAAGAUGCUUCUAAGAGGAAAGCAGAACUAGAAGCAGCUGUGAGAAAAAAGAUUGAAUUUGAGAGAAAAGCUCUAUGUAUUGUUGAACAGCUUUUAGAAGAGAAUAUUACAGAAGAAUUCCUGAAGGACUGUGGGAUGUUCAUCACGUCUGCUCACUACAGUGAUGUUGUGGAUGAGCGUACUAUUAGCAAACUCUGUGGUUAUCCAAUAUGUCAGAAGAAGCUGGGAAUUGUACCAAAACAGAAAUACAGAAUUUCUACCAAAACCAAUAAAGUCUAUGAUAUUACUGAAAGAAAGUCUUUUUGCAGCAAUUUUUGUUAUAAAGCAUCUAAGUUUUUUCAAGCACAAAUUCCCAAAACUCCAGUAUGGAUUCGAGAAGAAGAAAGGUAUCCUGAUUUUCAGCUGCUGAAAGAAGGACAAAGAAUGAAAUUCCCUGGUUAUCGGUCACCACCUUUAUUACAUGGAAUUGAGCACAAUGGGCAUUCUGGAGAAGAAGUACAGUUACGUAGUCAGGCCAUUAAAAUGUCAGAUAUUGAAAAUCCUGGCCAUUCUGAAAAACAGUAUGAAUCUAGUUCUUCUAGCACUCGUAGUGAUAGUAGCAGUGAUAAUGAGCAAGACUUUGUUUCCUCCAUUCUUCCAGGAAACAAACCAAAUGCAGCGGGUAUAAGUCCACAGCUGCACAAAAAAAGCAUAAUGAGAAAGAAAGCUGGUCACAAAGUUAACCCCAAACACAACGACAAAGAACAGGCAAUAGUAGAUGUCGCUGAGCGGUUAGACAAUUGCAGAUUAGAUAGUCAGGAGAAAGCUGCUGCUUGUGUCCUUCCUUCACAGAAUGUAAAUGCUCAGAUUUCGUCAAACAAUCCUUUGCAAGAAAAAUUAAAAGCCUCUGAAAAUAAAUACAGUAGCUCAGAAGUAACUCUAGUAGGCAUAAGUAAGAAAAGUGCAGAACAUUUUAAAAGGAAAUUUGCCAAAUCAAACCAAGUUUCUAGGUCAGCGUCUAGUUCAGUGCAGGUUUCUCCUGAAGUUGCAAAGACAAACUUACUUAAAGUCCUGAAGGAGACUUUGAUUGAGUGGAAGACAGAGGAAACUUUGAGAUUUUUGUAUGGUCAGAAUUAUGCUUCUGUGUGUCUGAAACCCCCUUCAGUCUGUUUGAUUGAAGCAGAAGAACUUGAUGAAGAUGACUUAAAUUCUGACCCAGUCAGUCAUCCUCUUGUCUUGAGGGAAUCUCAGAACAGUUUGGAUGAGGCUUUGCCUUUCAGAGGUUCAGAUACAGCCAUCAAUCCAUUGCCAAGUUAUGAGAACUUGAAAAAAGAAACUGAAACAUUAAAUCUAAGGAUCAGGGAAUUUUAUAGAGGUCGAUAUGUUUUGAAUGAAGAAUCCAGCAUGUCACAAGACUCGGAGGAGCGUAAUCUCACCUUUCCACUGAUGGAUUCAAGUUCUCAGAACCAGAUUAGAAAACGCAUCGUACUUGAAAAAUUGAGUAAAGUAUUGCCUGGACUUUUGGGACCUCUUCAGAUUACGUUAGGAGAUAUUUACACACAACUUAAAAAUCUUGUCCGAACUUUCAGAUUAACAAAUAGAAAUAUUAUACACAAAUCUGCUGAGUGGACCUUAAUUGCUAUGGUGUUGCUAUCGUUGAUAUAUUCCAAGGAGUGGGAUUGCUGGAUCAUAAGACUGACCCCUAUUCUUGGUAUUCAGAAGCAUUCUCAGGAAAAUGUGGUGUUUACACAGUUUAUAGCCACCCUGCUUGAAGAAUUACAUUUAAAGAAUGAAGACCUUGAAAGUUUAACCAUCAUAUUUAGAACCGGCUGUUAACAAGAGCGAUAGAAUCCAUGAAGAGAGAACAGAGGAUGAACUUCUGUUGUUUGCCAUUUCUGGAAUCUUGGCUCUGAUGAUGGUCUAUGGUGACUGAUAACUAGCUUUUUUCCAAGAAAGACCUUUGCCUCCUUAGGUUUCAGCCUCCUAUCCCCCAGUCCCUAACUGCAGAGAAUGACUUCUCAGAUAGAGGAAAAUUAUUAUUCCAACAAGGAUAACCAAGUCCUUCCAUCCCUAGCUACAAGAGAUAGUAUUUUUAUUUAUUUGAAAAUGAAAGUUGAAAUCUUAAAUUGAAACUUGAAUGAAUAUUCAAGAAAAUAUAAAGCCCUUUUAUUUUUCUGGGUGAUUCCCACCAUCAUGUCAGUUGAUCAAAAAAUUGAGAAGAUUCCCAUUUUGGCCCCACAGUCUAAACUCUAGAUUCUAAAUAGCAAACAGUUAGGUCAAUAAAUGCAAUCUAAGAUGAAGCGCUUUGGAAGUCUAGUCAUUAUUCUUUUAAAGAAACUGACUGUGCUGUAAAAUGGUCCAGAGCCAAGUGGUUAACCUCACAAGGCCAAAGCAGGAGUAUCCUAGACCUUUCUGAACUCAAGGAAAUUAAACAAAAAUAAUAAUAAUAAUAAUAAUAAUAAACAGAACACCCAGAAUGGAAAUAUUGAGAAUGUUCAUGCAUUGUGAAGAAUGUAUAACCAAUGUCACUGAACAAUUCAUGUAGAAGUUAUUGAACGGGAACCGAAACUGCUGUGUAAACCUUCACUGAAAAUACAAUAAAAUAUUAUUUUAAAAUAAUAAUAACAACAACAAA